AUGUGCGGAUGUGAAACUUUGCAAAGUUUACUUUCCUCACCAGAGUCCGUCUCAGCUGAUUGUUCGACCGGUUUUUAGAGAAUCCAGAAACGGAAUAAAGUCCACCGAGAAAAUCAUAUUUUAUAUGAUCUCGAGGACCUGUAGUGUUGUUCGUCUUCCAGAUGCCCUCCACGUGGUGGGGGCACCUCCCCCUGUUGGUGGAUAAUGGUACUGCAUAUGUGGACAACAGUAGCUGUUUCAGUGCUACACAGAACACUGUACUGGAGGGGGUGCAGUUUGGAGGAAUACCCCUGGUUCUGUUGCUUGACUUUAUAUUCUUUUUGAUACUGCUAUUGGCCUUCACUCUGAUCCGAAGGAAACUGUGGGAUUAUGGGAGACUCGCUCUUAUCGCAGAGUCUGAGGGGCUGAGCGACGCUAAUAAACGACGUUAUAGUAGAAUGACGUCAUCCAUGGCUGGUGAAGAACCAGAGUAUGAGAGGGGUUGCUGUUCUUGGCUCAUCUUCAUCAUAAAUAUGGAUGAGACGAUGGUCAAAGAGAGAUGCGGAGUUGAUGCAGUCCAUUAUCUGUCAUUUCAAAAGCAUCUGAUCUCUCUGCAGUUGCUCAUCUGUGUGCUAUCAGUGUUGGUCAUACUGCCAGUCAAUCUGUCCGGCAACCUGCUGGGCAACAACCCCUACAAUUUUGGGAGAACCACUAUAGCCAAUCUUAAGCAGGGUGAUAAAUUGCUGUGGCUGCACACUGUGUUUGCUGUUCUCUAUCUUAUGCUGACGGUGGCGCUGCUGAGAAGGCACACUUCGAAAAUGGAGGGAACAAAGAGAGAGGUGGCCAGAAACACCCUGUUUGUGAAUUCUGUUCCAACCACAGCCAGUGACGAGAGUAUAAAAACUCACUUUAUAGAGGCGUACCCUACUUGUCAUGUGACUAAUGUUAACCUGUGUUAUGAUGUUGCCAAACUGAUCAACCUGGCCAAAAAUAGAAAGAGGGCCGAAAUAAACCUGGAGCAUUACCGUAAGAUUCUUCAGCGGCAUGGCCGGCGUGAGGUCAUCAACACGCAACCGUGUAGCUACCUGUGCAGCUGCUGCCACUGUCAGAGCUGUGAAAAAGUUGAUGCUAUAGAAUACUAUAGCUCUCAGGAGGCUGCUAUGGUUGAAGAGGUAAAUAAACUUAGGGAAAGUGAAAAGCUGGCUCCUCUGGGCAUGGCGUUUGUCACCCUACAGAACGAAUACAUGGCCUCUUAUAUUCUGAAAGAUUUCAAUGCUCUGGACUGUGGAGGUGGGGCUAGGGGUGUGGCCGGAGAAGAAAUGAGAGUAGGAAUUAAGUGUGGGUGUGGCCGGGAGCCUCAGCCGUCCUCUAAGAGUGCAGAGCUGAGGGUACGAAGAUGGAAAGUGAGUUACGCCCCUAACCCACAUAAUAUCUACUGGGAGAAUUUGUCAGUACGUGGUUGGCGUUGGUGGUUGCGUUGUCUACUGCUGAAUAUGGCCCUCUUCAUCCUCCUUUUCUUCCUCACAACUCCCUCCAUCAUCAUCAGCACCAUGGACAAGUUUAACGUCACCAAACCCAUUCACUAUCUGAACAGUGCUGUUUUCAGCCAGUUCUUCCCCACUCUUCUACUGUGGACCUUCUCUGCACUGUUGCCCACCAUAGUGUAUUACUCUACUCUGGGAGAAGCCCACUGGACCAGGUCUAGUGAGAACAUGAGCAUGAUGUACAAGCUGUACACCUUCCUGAUCUUUAUGGUGUUGAUUUUGCCAUCACUGGGUCUGACCAGUCUGGAUGUGUUUUUCCGCUGGGUGUUUGACUCGCAGUCUGAAGGGAAGCUAAGGUUUGAGUGUGUGUUUUUACCUGAUCAGGGGGCGUUCUUUGUAAAUUACGUGAUCGCAGCAGCACUGGUGGGCUCUGGCAUGGAGCUGCUGCGGUUGCCAGGGUUACUGCUUUACAUUGUGCGACUGGCACUUGCACACUCGGCUGCUGAGAGAAAAUAUGUUAAACAGAGUCAGGCAUAUGAGUUUCAGUAUGGAGCAAUGUAUGGAUGGACUCUGUGUGUGUUCACAGUCAUCAUGGCAUACAGCAUCACCUGUCCAGUCAUCGUCCCCUUCGGUGUGCUGUACCUGUUUCUCAAACACCUGGUGGACAAACACAACUUGUACUUUGCUUACCUGCCUGCCCGCCUUGAUCGGCAAGUUCACCUGGGAGCUGUCAAUCAAGCACUGGCUGCACCAAUCAUAUGCCUGUUCUGGCUCUACUUCUUCUCUGUUCUCAGGACAGGAUUCAUGGCGGCCACAUCUCUGUUCACAUUAGUGGUUUUGUGUAUAACCAUCUUUAUCGGUAUAAGUUACACCUGCUUCGGACACUUCAAAUACCUCAGCCCACACAACUACAUUGUUAAAGAGGAAGAUGAAGAUGCUACAGAUGGUGCAUCAGAAAGCUCAUCUGCCUCGGUGUAUCUUCCCAAAGUGCUGAACCCAGACUCAUCGUCUGAAUCUGCUGAUAGAUGCAGCCACCGUCAAUCAUACGGCACGACGGACACAAGCCCAGCCUUUCUUGGCACAGAGGAAGACUGUCCAGAAACAGAUAUCUAACAACAACAGUCAACACAUCCACCAAUUAGAAGGCAUCUGAUACCAUCUCUGAAGGAAAUAAUUCUUGCCAAACAUGGGAGCAAAACAGACAACCUGGAAGGUUAUGUGACAAUGAGGACACUCCAAAUACUCCAAAAAGGGGUUAUCGGUGGGGGGGGUUGCUGAAUUGUUAAAUUGCUGUGUAACUUAUGGAAAGGAGCUUCUCGGGAACUAAUGUUUCUUGCCAAAGACUAAACUGUUUAUUAUGGAGCCCCUAAGAGGACGGGGUGGGAUUUUUUUUUUCUUUCUGAAAAAGUUUUGCAUGCUCUUGCAAUAGUUUGCGUUCCCUCACUAUAAAUUUACCAUGGUUCUACAACAGUAACUGUAUUUUAACCAUGAUAUUUGUUGUGAAACCAUAGUAAUAAUACAGGAAAAUGAAAACUAUGGUAAUAAAAAUCAUAAUUUUGUGGUAAAACCAUAGUAGCCACAAGAUUAACCAUGGUUAAUCUAUAGUAAAACCAUAGUUAUUAUAUGGAUACAAUAUUAUGUAUUAUACUAUAUGGGUUCUGUAAAAAAAAACAAAAAAAAAAACAUGGUUACCCUUUAUAGUUACUACAAUAGUACUAUAGUAAAACCAUAAUUUAUGCCCAAAAAAA